AUGCCGCGGGAUCCCUUCUUACCCGCGCUCGAUCGGCCCAGCUCCGUGGUGGUUGCACGCAACCGCGCUCGCAACCAGUGGCGACUGGUGCUGACCACCCCGGCCAGUCCCCAGACCGAGGUCGUGGUCAUCGAUGACGCCAGUGGGCUGCUCCUGUGCCAGCCCGGCCCAGGCUUCCCCUCAGAGCUGGCGGCGCUGUCCUCCCUGCACGCGCUCGGGUACGAGGCCGAGCACCGGGGUGACGCCCUGCUGGGCUACGUCGCAACACGGUGCGUUGCCGGCGUGCUGCUGGCGACGAGGACGCGGGAGAAGGGGGUGCUGCCUGGCGGGCAUGCGCUGCUCACACUCACGGAGAGCGCCUGGCUCCUCCUGCCCCUGUCGCAGGCCGGUCCGGGGGGCCUGGAGGUGGCCAGCCCCGCGGAGCAGGAGUUCUGGCGCCUGCUCCAGCAGGUGACGCUGGACGGCGCGCACUACUUCUGCUGGACGGCGGACCUGUCGCGCCCCUUCCCCUCCCCCCGCCCUGCCGCCGACCCCGCCCCCGAGUUCGUGUGGAACCGGUGGCUGUCGGCGCCGCUGGCGCGCGCCGGGCUGCCGGGGCGCUGCCCGGUGCUGCUCCAGGGCGCGGCCGAGGUCAGCCUGCACGCCGGGGUCGGCGCCGCGCCGCCCUUCGCCCUGGCGCUCGUGUCCCGGCGCAGCCGGCGCCACCCGGGCACGCGCUACCUGGCGCGCGGCCUGAACGAGGCCGCCGGGCCUGGGAAUGAGAUCGAGUGCGAGCUGGUUGCCUGGACGCUGGCACGCGGGGCCGCGGGCGGGCGCGCAGGCGUGCGCUGGGCCUGCUGCGUCUGGCGCCGCGGCACGGUGCCCAUCUGGUGGGGCGUCAGCCUGGCCUCCCUGCAGAAAGGCCUGGCGGCGGAGGUGUACGUGCGCGAGCGCGACCCCUACCGCGGCAGCGCCGCCUACUUCAGGGGGGAUGCAGCAGAGGAGGGCCUGCACGUCCCCGUCACCUGUGUCAACCUGCUGCACUGCAACCCGGCCAAGGCCUCCGAGCUCAUGCUGUCCUCGCACUUCCAGGAGAGCAUGAGGCAUGUGCGCCGCAUCCUCCCUCCCGGUGCUCCCAUCCGGGUCGUGAACUUCGACUGGCACGGCAACAUCGGGAGGCUGGGCGAGGAGAAGGGGGUGGAGGGCUUCUGGUCCUUCAUGGAGCCCUUUGUCAAGCAGACGGGGUUCUCGCACGGCACCCUGCACGAUGGCGGCGCAGUGGGAGAAGGCAGGGAGCGCGACGGCAUCACGACCAGCCUGGGCCCCGCCCGCCGCACCCCCUGGGCCGGUGGCUGGGUGGCUGAGUGGGAGGCGCGCCAGGCGGGCGUCCUGCGCUACAACUGUGCGGACAGCCUGGACCGGACCAACGCCGCGACGUGCUUCGCCACGCUGCCGGUGCUCCAGGACGCACUGCGCACGCUGGGCGUCGACCUGUGCGUCGGGCCGGGGCGGGAUGCGGGGGGCGCCGCGCGCUCGGGGGUGGAGGAGGGCGGCGCCGUGCGGCCAGACGCGGGCGCCCUGGGUUCCCUGCCGCCGCCGCUUGUCGCAGGCCGUCCAGCGUCUACGGAGCAGGUUCCCCCUGUGAGUCUCGGGUGGGAGGUGCGAUGGCACGGCGGCCGGCCCCUCUACUUCGACCACGCCAACCGCAGGACGCAGUGGGAGGCGCCCAGCUGGCCAGAGGAGCCGGAUGCGCGCCCCGCGCAGGCGGCGAGCGGCCCGGCAGCCGCUCCCGACCCCGGGACGGGUGGCAGCCCCGCGCGGGUCGAAGUCCCCCCACCCGGCGCCACGGCCGUCGCCCUGGCACAGCUCUCCCUGCGGCAGGGGCGGGAGGACGGGGCGCCAGACCCAGCCCCGCGGCCGGGACCCGCGCCCAGAGAAGACUCGGGGCACGUGCGGCCGGGGGCGGGGCCGCUCGGCUCCCCCGGCCCCACCCCCCCGCAGGGGCCCCAGCCUUGGGCCUUCUUCGGCCUGCGGGGCAUGGCCGAGGUGCGGGCCCGCCUGCGCCGCCCCGUGGUUGCCGACUUCGUGGAGGCCUUUCGAGUGCACGGCGACAUCAACUCCUUCCUCUACACCGGCUCCCCGGCCAUGCACUCCCACGUGCUGGGCCUGGUCCUCCAGAACUCGAGCCGGACGUACAGCGCCGCCAGCGGCGUCGGCAAGCUGCAGAACAUCCGCGUGGCGCUGCAGCGCCGCUGGAACAACACCGUCAGCGACGGCGCGCGCCAGCAGGCGCUGGAGCUGUUCCUGGGCGUGAAGCUGGACAGCAGCUGCCCGGGGCUGGAUCUGGUUUACGGGCCGGAGGAGUGGGCGGAGCCGGAGCUGCGAGACCCGGAGGGGCCGACCGUGGACGGGGCGGGGCCGGGCGCCGGGCCGGCGCCGGCAGGGGAUGCGGAGGCCGCCGCGCUGCCGCCGCCGCCCUUUCCUCACCAUGCCGACCUGGCGUCCCUGGCCAGCCCCGGGCAGGCCCCGCCGGCGAGGCAGGGGCCGGCCCUCGGCGCCGACGGCACCGCGGGGGACCCGCUGGGCGCCUCGCCGGGCGCCACGCUGGUGACCAACGGCGUGACGGCGCCGUCGGACGCACAGGCGCAGCAGGCUGCUGCGGAGCUGGACCUGCUGCUCUGA